AUGUCAAAAAGUUCUGCUGGAAGUAACAGGAAAAGUUCUGGAUAUGUUCCUGGUGACAUCACCAGUUUCAUUAAUCAGCAUCCAAAUCGAAGUGACUUGUUCGACAAGCAAAAUAGUGAGGAACAAUUGGAAUCGGUUAAGAAUGAUGCGCAACACUUAACAUCAGGGAUAAAUAAAAUUAAUUUGGAACCGAUUAAGUCUCCGAUUGAUAGAUCUGCGUCAAGAACAAGUUCUACGAAAAUUCGAAAUGAUCGAGCCAAGUCUGCAUUUGCUGCUGCAUUUCAUAAUUUUCAAACAGCUAAGAAAAUGGCUCAAGAUAAUCUUGAUCAUCAACCACUUCCUGAUGCCAUAAUUUUGGAUAAGAAGUUUUCAGAACUUGAUGAUUCCUUAGAUUUUGCAAGAGUUACUGGUGUUGGAUAUAAAGGUUAUAAAGUUGGACCAACUCAAUGUACCAAGUUAAAAGUUUAUCGUCCUAAAACGUGUGGAGUAAUUCCAAAAAAUGUUGAUAAAAGUACAAUGGAUGACUUUGAUGAUGAAAAUCGAUUGAAACUUGAUCCAAAAUUGGGUCCAAUGGAUUUAGCAAUUCGUUGGGAUUAUCGUCCUAAGAAAGGAAGAGAGCCAAAAUUGCCACGACACAUUGAUGGAUCAAAUGAUGUUGUUGGUUCCAUUUUUACUAAAGUUAAGGAAAUUCAGGGUGAGAAGGAGAACACAAUUCCUCAAUUUGAACGUGCUGAAGGAGUCUUUCAUAACACUCAAGGAGAAAUCGACUUUUUUGAUCGAGAUUUAAUAUUAAAGAGACGAGAUUAUCAGAAAAAAUAUGAAAAAGAAAGAGAAUGUACUUGUGGAACAGAUGUUGCAAGUUUUAAAGAUGUUCCAGGAAGUGGAAGCGUCAUAAAUAAAAAUCGUCCGAAAACAACAAAGUCGGAUUCUGCGCUUUUUACAGGUUCUGCACAGAAUAGAAGAUGUAAGAGUUCACCAAAUCUUUCAGUCAUGGCUAAUCCAAGGAGUAAUGUAGAUAUCGAAAGCAUAACAACACCAUUCGUUGAUGAUUCUAGAAAAUUACCAGUAGCACAACUUCCAAAAGAAACAGAACAGCAAAAGAGAGUUGUUAAGCAGCCAAGAUACGCACAUCAAACUAUCCCUAAACUUUGUGAACAAAUGAAGCAAGACUAUGAGAAAAUCAUGAAAAAAUAUUUUCUAUCACAAGAGCUUGUUAAGUUGGAUGAAAAUAAUAAUGAUCCAUCAUUCUGCGUCGAUAAACCAGUGUCAAAGAAUAAGAAGCCUUUAGUGCGUGUCCCAAAACCAAAGCAGCCUUACAAGAAAAGGAAUUAUCAUAUUGAUAGCUUAGCUCCACCAUUCAGCAGCUGGUCCGGUCGAGGUGAUGAGUAUCCAAAUAGCUGGCGACUCACAAGCAUUUACCAACAAGCUUACAAACCUGUUGAAUCUCGAAAAAGGCCAUUCCUUCAAUCUAUUUAUCGCUAA